AUGGAGAGAGAAAACCGCUCAGUGGUGACAGAAUUCAUCCUCCUCGGUCUGACCCAGUCUCGAGAUAUUCAGCUCCUGGUCUUCGUGCUAGUUUUAAUUUUCUACCUCAUCAUACUUCCGGGGAACUUUCUCAUCAUUCUCACCAUAAGGUCAGACCCCGGGCUCACAGCCCCCCUCUAUUUCUUCCUGGGCAACUUGGCCUUUCUGGAUGCUUCCUACUCCUUCAUCGUGGCUCCCAGGAUGCUGGUGGACUUCGUCUCUGAGAAGAAGGUAAUCUCCUACAGAGGCUGCAUCACUCAGCUCUUUUUCCUGCACUUUCUUGGAGCAGGGGAGAUGCUCCUUCUCGUUGUGAUGGCCUUGGACCGCUACAUUGCCAUCUGCCGGCCUUUGCACUAUUCAGCUGUCAUGAACCCUAGAGCCUGCUAUGCAUUGUUGCUGGCUCUGUGGCUUGGAGGCUUUACCCAUUCCAUUGUACAAGUAGCACUUAUCCUGCACUUGCCUUUCUGUGGCCCAAACCAGCUGGAUAACUUCUUCUGUGAUGUCCCACAGGUCAUCAAGCUGGCCUGCACUGACACCUUUGUGGUGGAGCUUCUGAUGGUCUCCAACAGUGGCCUGUUCACGCUCCUGUGCUUUCUGGGGCUUUUGGCCUCCUAUGUGGUCAUUCUCUGCCGAGUAAAAGGGCACUCCUCUGAAGGAAAGAACAAGGCUUUCUCCACAUGCACCACCCACAUUAUCAUUGUAUUUCUUAUGUUUGGACCUGCCAUUUUUAUCUAUACUCGCCCCUUCCAGGCUUUCCCAGCUGACAAAGUGGUUUCUCUCUUCCACACAGUCAUCUUCCCUUUGAUGAACCCUGUGAUUUAUACUCUUCGCAACCAGGAAGUGAGAGCUUCCAUGAGGAAGUUCUUAAAUCGGUACAUGGUUUGCUAA